AUGGAAAUUCAAAUUAUUUCUAAGGAAAUCAUCAAGCCCUCUGCUCCAACACCUCCCCACCUAAAAACCUAUAAGCUCUCAGCUGUCGACCAGCUUGCUGCUUUUGCAGCGGAUAUCCCUAUCAUUCUUUUUUAUUCCCCAACAGAUGAAAUUUCCAGCAAAAACUCUGAUUAUCUAAAGAAAUCCUUCGCUAAAACGCUAACACUCUUCUACCCUUUUGCUGGACGAAUAAAAGAUGAUUCAUCCAUUGAUUGCAAUGAUGAUGGAGCCACUUAUAUUGAAGCCCAUGUAGCAGGCAACAUGUCCAUGAUACUUCAACAGCCAGACAUGGAUCAACUGGAACAGCUACAGUCAUGCAAGCCGGACGAAAACGUUGAUGAGCCAAGCGGCAAGGUAAUGCUAGCAGCCCAAGUGAAUUAUUUUGAUUGUGGUGGGAUAGCAAUCAGUGUUCGCAUUCGCCAUCGAAUAGGUGAUGCAUCCUCAAUGGCAAGUUUUGUUAAAUGCUGGGGUGCAAUUUCUUGUGGUAUUUAUGAUAAUAAUGCAGGAACGGUUGUUGAUUGCUCCUCACUCUUCCCUCCGCAAGAUUUGUCAGGCAUGUCAUUCUUAUACAAUCUUAUACCUCGUAGUUCAUUCAAUAUAUCCACGAAAAGAUUCGUGUUUGAGGGUCCUAAGCUAGCUGCGCUAAGAGGAAAGUUGUGCAACGGGCCAUAUUUGAAUCGUCCAACCCGGUUCGAGGCUGUAUGUGCCCUUAUUUGGGGUGUUGUUGGAGAAGAUAGUGAAUCUAAAAAGGUAAAUAGAACCGCAACAAUUGCCGUGGAUUUGCGGAAAAGAAUGGAUCCACCCCUACCACAACAUUGUAUUGGAAAUAUAGUCCAUUUGGCUGAGGCAAAUUGGGAAAAUAAAGUGGUGGACUGUAAUGGUUUAGCUGGAAAAAUUCAUGAGUCAAUAAGCAUGAUAAACAGUGACUAUGUGAGGCAGGUUUACGCAGACGGCACCUUCUUCAGUUUAAUGAGACAAAGAAUGGCGGAGAUGGCAGAAGAUCCUAAUAGCUUUAGGGGUGUAAUUGGUUUCAGUAGUUGGUGUAAAUUUCGAUUUUAUGAGGUUGAUUUUGGAUGGGGAAAGCCCAUUUGGGUAGGCACUUCUUUGAGGCUUGCACCCAACUGGGUCAUGCUAUUGGAUACAAGGGAUGGUGAGGGAAUGGAAGUAAGGAUUGCAUUACCCAACGAAGAAAUGGUCAAGUUCGAACAAAAUCCAGACAUCUUAGCCUAUGCUUCUUUCACUCCAGCCAUAUGA